AAUUUUCCUUGCUGGUGAGCCCAUCAGGUUUCCUUCCUCUUCACACUUUUUUUGCGCUCCUCUUUCAAAACGCACCUUGUUUUUCAUUACUACUUUCCCGUUCACUACCUACACUACCACGACCACUCACUUGCACUCUUAGCUUGACCAUGGCGCCCAAACCCAAGUACGAAGACGGAUUUGCGGAUGUCGACGACGACGACGCGUCCAUUGCCGUGAGCUCUCUGGCCUCUCGUUCCACCCGCCGCUCCUCGUCUCGCAACAACAACAGCGGCAGCAUUGAGAUGCAGCUGGCUGUCGGGGAGAAAACGAGGAUGAUGCGCAUGAAGUUUGUCAUGUUGGGUGCUUUGCUCGUGUUUGCCGUUGCCUUGGGCGUGGCAACCUUUUUCAUCAUUCGUCAAGGGGAAGAGCAGACGUUUCAGCGCGAGUUUCGAAGCUACUCCUCCGAGAUUGUUGCUGUCACGACCGAGCAUGUGCAGAGUUCCAUCCAGUCCAUUGAAGCCUUUGCCAACUCUGUCAGCUCGUAUGCCUCCAGCACGGGCAUGACCUGGCCCAACGUGACCAUGCCUGACUACACCUCCAGGGCCAUUCGUUUGGCCGAUCUUGCUGCUGACAGUCGUCUCGUCACUGUGGCUCCGUUUGUGACCAAUGAAGACAAGCUGGGCUUUGAAGAGUACGCCCGGGGCGUCAUCCACGAGCAAAUCCAGCAAGAUCUUGACUAUCAAGGCAUUACAGAUGUCAAUGCAACCGAUCUCGAAGGCAUUCCCGAGGUCAUCUCGUACUUUAAUCUCAGUGCCCGCCAGAAGUUUGUCGAGCCUCCCAACUCCCCCUUCAACCCCUAUCUCGUCAACUGGCAACGCUAUCCCUUUGAAACUCCCAAGAACCGUAUCUUUGUCAUGAACAACAUGAUGCGCAUCCCCACCAUUCGCAAUGCCGUCACCCAGACGAGGAUCAGCGGUCAUGCCGCAGCGACAUUCUUUGAAGCCAUUCUGGGAGUGGAAUCCCAAAUCAUUCAACCCAUCUUUGACAAGGUUCUUCCACCAGGAAGUAAUGAAACCAAGUCGAUUGUCGGUGUGGUUUGGGUGGUCUUGUCCUGGGCCAAGUACUUUCGCAAUUUGCUCCCUGACUCGGGCAAUGGCAUCUAUGUCGUCUUGAAGAGUUCGUGUGGAUUUGUCACCACGUUUUUGAUCCGAGGAUUGGUAGCCGAAGAGCUGGGGCUCGGAGAUCACCAUGACACCGCCUACGAUCACAUGGAGAUCCAGUACGACUUUGUCAACUUUAACGUCGAUGGGUCCAGUGUCCCCGACGAUGUGUGCAUUGACAAGCUUACGCUCUACCUCUAUCCUUCUGAUGACCUCAAGGCGAACUACACUUCCUCCGAUCCGUAUGUCUACAUGGCCGUCGUACUGGCAAUCUUUGUCUUGACCAGCGUUACCUUUCUUCUCUUUGAUUGGACCGUCCGAGCGCGGGAACAAAAGGUCAUGGACCGUGUCAAGCUUCAGGACAAGAUUGUCAGCAGUUUGUUCCCCACCACAUUCAAGGACCGACUCUACAACAUUAACGAUGACCAAUUCGACAACACGAGUACGUUGAAUGGCAGCGUGAGUUCGGCCCUCACGUUUGGUUCAGCGACUGCCAAAAAGAAGGCCCAGAGACUCUUGGAGCGUGACUUGGACAACCCGGAAGCUCUUCGCGGAAAGCCCAUUGCGGAUCUUUUCUUGGAAACCACUGUUUUCUUUGGCGACAUCUCUGGCUUCACUAGCUGGUCUUCUGUGCGUGAACCUGCACAGGUAUUGACACUGCUGGAGAAUCUUUAUGGAGCAUUUGACAAGAUUGCAAGACGCCACUUUGUCUUCAAAGUGGAAACGAUCGGCGACUGUUAUGUCGCCGUCACAGGCCUCCCCGAUCCAAGAGAGGACCAUGCUAUUGCAAUGGCUCGCUUCGCCCGUGAUUGUAUGCACAAGAUGAAGGAUUUGACCCGCAAACUGGAGCUUCGCUUGGGACCUGGUACUUCAGACUUGAAUCUGCGCAUUGGCUUGCACAGUGGGCAAGUCACAGCUGGUAUGCUGAGAGGAGAGAGGGCAAGGUUUCAGCUCUUUGGGGAUACCGUCAAUACAUGCAGCAGAAUGGAAACGGCGAGUGUGCCCGGACGCAUUCAUUUGAGCCCGACUACCGCCAAGCUCUUGAUCGAAGCAGGAGCGUCAGACUGGAUACGCGAUCGCCCCGAGAAGGUCUUCAUUGCUGGGAAGGGGGAAAUGGAGACUUACUGGCUCGAGACUAAGCAAGACUCCGCUAUUCGUAGGAACAAGGAUUUCGACGAACCCAGCCAGCACCUAAGGGCUUCCAGCGUGCACUUUACAGACGACGAUGACAGCACCACCUCUGCAGAUUCGAUGGCAGCCGAGGAACUCGAGAACCUUCGAGGCAUGUCCAAGUACGAACGUCUUAUUGAUUGGAACGUGGAAAUGCUUUCAGACUUACUGAGACAAAUCCUAGCUGCUCGAGAUCCCAAUGUUGUUGUUCGUGCAAACAUGUCCGAAGCAGAGAAGAAGAUCGGAAGGCAUGGCACUGUGCUGGAAGAAUGCAAAGAUAUCAUCGCACUGCCAAAGAUCGGCUACAAGGACCUGCAAAUUCGAAGAGACCCCGAGUCAAUUGAGCUCCCUGACCGAGCUGUGGAGCAGCUUCACCAAUUCCUCUCGAUAGUCUGCGACAACUAUCUCGAUAAUCACUUCCACAACUUCGAACACGCAAGCCACGUGACAUCCUCCGUUCUGAAACUCCUGACACGAAUUGUGCAAGUGGAUACCACAAUGCAGACAUCCCGCGAGGACGACCUGAACAGCGGUGUCUUCAAGCUCACUGAUUUUGCGGGGCACAGUUACGGUAUCACUAGUGAUCCGCUUACCCAGUUCGCCGUCGUGUUCUCUGCCGCCAUUCAUGACAUGCAACACCCGGGGAUUCCUAAUGCUCGAAUGGUGGAAGAGAACGAUCCAUUGGCCUCAAAAUUUAAACAAAGCACAGCGGAGCAGAACAGCGUCGAAGAAGCCUGGAAGAUUCUGAUGAAGGACGACUUUAAGGAUUUGCGAGCUUGCAUCUACAAGGAUGAAGCUGAACUGAAAAGAUUCCGGCAGCUUGUGGUGAAUGUGGUGAUGGCCACGGAUAUCUGCGACAAGGAACUGGGAGGGAUGAGGAAAACUCGAUGGCAAAAGGCUUUUUCCCCAGACGUUGCUGGAUCGCCUCCUGAGGCUGCAUCGAGGACAUCUCUUGUGGGACCCUCUGUGCAGAACGUUGGCAUGAACGAAAAGGCCACAAUCGUUAUUGAGCAUUUGAUUCAAGCCUCAGAUGUGUCGCACACGAUGCAGCAUUGGCAUGUUUACCGUAUGUGGAAUGAACGUCUUUUCAAUGAGUUGUACACCGCCUACCUUGCCGGUCGCGCCACUAAAGAUCCCAGCGAAGGCUGGUACGAAGGGGAGAUCGGAUUCUUUGACUUCUACAUCAUUCCACUUGCCAAGAAGCUCCACAGCUGUGGCGUCUUUGGUGUUUCUAGUGCCGAGUACCUUUCCUAUGCUGAAUCCAACCGCGACGAAUGGAAGAAAAAGGGGAAGGAAAUCGUACAAGAGUAUCUCGCCAAGUUCAAAAACCGAUCGGCCGUCGCCCCACCAUCUUCUUAUAUCAUUCCUCCUAUUUCCAAUGAACGACAACGAACGGUGGGCAACCAAAAGGCAACGGAUGUGGCUGCACCAACGUUGUCAGGGGACAACCAAGCCACGAUUCCAUUUUCUACUACUGAUAAGAACCAUGAAAGCUUCCAAGAUGAAGUUGAGGUUUGAGCCAAUGUAGCCCGACCUGAAAUCAACAGGGUCCAAUAAGGGAGUGAGUAGGCACGUUCUGGCUGCCCGGGGCUUCAAGCUAGUAAACUAAUCACGCUCCUCAACAUAGUGUUUCCC